AUGAUCACCUAGGCCCGGGCGUCAAAGCUUUCAGUCAGGUACCGCGGACAGUGGAAAAAUACUUGGGAGUACCGAUUCGUGAGCGCCAGGGUUAGGGUUCUUACCUGGAAGCACCUUUGUGAUGUAUUACCCACAUGCCGAGCAACUGCUCCUGAAGAAAAACGUGAAAGUCGAGGCAAGUUCACUCCAGUCCAGGAGUGCUGCAUUUCCUCAAGGAAGAUCUUCCUGCCAGGUAACGGGUGAAGUCUCUUGAAGUGGCUCAGGACGAACCAACUCAGUUUUGCGGCGGAAUCACAGGGUUGAGUGAGGCGCAUUGCAAAUCUUCAGUAACUUUUGGAGUCUUACGAAGACAGCCCGCCUGUGCUGUCCUGGAGACAAUUCUUUCCACAUCCAACAUCAACUAACACGAUGCCCAUCCUAUUCUGCCCCUACUGCGCAAACCUCCUCAUCCUCUCCCGGAUGGACACGGGCGGCAACCGGCUCGAGUGCCGGACAUGCCCCUACCAGCAUGCCAUCGACAUGCCAAUCUACUCCCGCAAGAACUUCCCGCGCAAGGAGAAAGAGGACGUAUUUGGCGGGCCAGGGGCGUGGGAUAACGCGCAAAAGGGAAGGGUGCAGUGUCCGACGGCGAACUGCAACGGCGACGAAGCGGCGUUUUUCCAGGUCCAGAUUCGCAGUGCGGAUGAGCCCAUGACUACAUUCUACAAGUGCAUGACCUGUGGGCAUAGGUGGAGAGAGAACUGACCGCGGACGGUAUCGUCUUUGGGUGCAUGAGUUGCAGGGCAGCGAUAUCACUGGGCAUUGCAAGGAGUUAUGGGUUUGGGUAUCGUGUAAUAUUUCUUUUAUCUUGACAUGAAGAGCAUCGCAUAUGGCUCAUAUUUCGGCCUGCAAAGACAUGCUCUUUUGUCCAGCCUUCUGCUGCGGGAGUUCCUUGCUUCCUUCGUCUUGCCCAAAAGGGCGACGCGCUGCUUGCAGGCUGGCGCUUAAUGUGUCUCCACUGUUAUAGCCUGGGCAAAUGUGAGGCC